UGGGUGCUGGGAAACUGCUCCUGCUGCUGAUGAAGCAACUGAAUCUCAGUCAGGAUAAAUACCAGCAGAUUCUCUGCAUCCAGGCAUCAGACAGAAUCAUCCGGAGCUGGAAUCCAACCUUCAACCACUGGAAGAUGAAGCCCUUCAGUGUAGCAGUUGUGGUGGCCGUGAUGGUGGUUGUUGUGUGUGUUCAUCAGAGCUCUGCUCUUCCAUCCAGUGAGGUGGAAGAAGAACAGGAGAUGAUGAUGGAGAGUCCUGCAGAAGAACAUGAGGAAAUGUCCCUGAAUCCCUGGGAGAUGCCGCACAGCAGAGAGAAACGUGGCAUCAAGUGUCGCUUCUGCUGCUUCUGCUGCUCUCCAAAAGUGUGUGGAUUCUGCUAUGCCGCACAGCAGAGAGAAACGUGGCAUCAAGUGUCGCUUCUGCUGCGGCUGCUGCUCUUCAGGAGGCUGUGGAGUCUGCUGCAGAAAAAGAAGAGGCUGAAGGUUCUCAAGAAACUUGAGCAACUGACUGACAUCCGUAACAUCAAAAACUUUGGUGGAAUUCCCCAACACCAGGUGAACACUGGGAAACUGCUCCUGCUGCUGAUGAAGCAACUGAAUCUCAGCCAGGAUAAAUACCAGCAGAUUCUCUGCAUCCAGGCAUCAGACAGAAUCAUCCAGAGCUGGAAUCAAACCUUCAACCACUUGAAGAUGAAGCCCUUCAGUGUAGCAGUUGUGGUGGCCGUGAUGGUGGUUGUUGUGUGUGUUCAUCAGAGCUCUGCUCUUCUAUCCAGUGAGGUGGAAGAGCAACAGGAGAUGAUGAUGGAGAGUCCUGCAGAGGAACAAGAGCAAAUGGCCCUGCACCUCUGGGAGAUGCCGCACAGCAGAGAGAAACGUGGCAUCAAGUGUCGCUUCUGCUGCGGCUGCUGCUCUUCAGGAGGCUGUGGAGUCUGCUGCAGAAAAAGAAGAGGCUGAAGGUUCUCAAGAAACUUGAGCAACUGGUGUGAUGAAACGUGCAAUAUAGAUAUACAGAUGUAUUUUUGUAAUAUUAUUAACAAGUGUAUGUUAAUAAAGCUUU